AAAGAUCACUAAAGGAGCCCUGGGCAAGUUGAGCUGAGAGGCAAUGACUCAUUUUAGAAGGGUGUGCCCAUUUGUGCAGGGAAGACUAUUUAAACCCAAAGCAGCCUGGAAGCUCCACCUAGCUGAACAUUUAUCUACUGCUUCAUUUGCAAGGUGUACUUCAUUUAAAUUCACAAUGGCACAAUCACAAAAGAGUAAUUUGACCAAGCUUGAAAAGGCCCUCCUCACUAUUCUUGACUCAUUCUACAAAUAUUCAGAAGGAGAUAGUGAUAAUAAAACACUUUCCAACAGUGAAGCAAAAGAUCUCAUCAAUGCAGAGCUGCCACACAUCCUGGGGAAAAACAACGAUGAGGCGUCUGUCAGGGAUAUCAUGACUGAUCUGGAUAAGGAUGGAAAAAUGAACUUAAGAGAGUUUACUCUCAUGCUGAUGUCUUUGGCAGUGGCUUGUGAUGAGGAGUCGCAGGGGAUUUAAUAAAAAUGAGUGCCAGGCUUCACAUCAAAGGAUCAGUGGUUUUUGAGUACUUCAGUCUGAUCAAUCUAAAUUAAAAAAGAUACCAGAUUUACCACA